AUGGCCAGGAACGCGGAAAAAGCAAUGACUACAUUGGCUCGUUGGAGAGCAGCUCAAGUGAAGGAACAUGGUGGCAAGGAAGAACGACGGCCAUACUUGGCCACUGAAUGUACAGACUUGAAGGCAGCUGAAAAAUGGAGAGUUCAAAUAAUAAGAGAAAUAUCAAAAAAAGUUGCACAAAUACAAAACGCUGGAUUGGGAGAGUUUAGAUUACGUGAUCUUAAUGACGAAAUCAACAAGUUACUGCGGGAAAAAAAACAUUGGGAAUAUCAAAUUCGUGAACUCGGUGGUCCAGAUUUCUUACGAAUGGGACCACGAAUGCUCGAUCAUGAAGGUAGAGAAGUACCUGGUAACAGAGGUUAUAAAUAUUUUGGAGCUGCUAAGGAUUUACCAGGUGUUCGAGAACUGUUUGAACAUGAACCUCCUCCACCUCCACGUCGUACUAGAGCAGAACUUAUGAAAAAUAUUGAUGCUGAUUAUUAUGGAUAUAUGGACGAGGAAGAUGGUCUUCUAUUGGCCAUGGAAACAAAGAAAGAAAAAAUGAUGUUAGAAGCUUUGGGUCAAAAGGCAAAAAUUCGUGAUGAGAUGGAGUUGGCUUUUGAAGAAGUUGACAGUGAUGAUGAAGAUAUUUCAACUAUGUUUAGUAGUUCACGCUAUAUACAUCCACCACCUGUUCCAAGUGAUCAAGAUAUUCAAAAACUAAUACUCGAUUAUAAAAAACGAGAAUUACUUGAAAACUUUGCUGGCAUAGAAGGUGGCAAGGAACAUGAAGAAAUAGAAGACCUAGCCAAUAUAUCAUCAUCAGACGAUGAAGCCUACACUAAAUAA